AUGGACCAAGAUACCGAGACAGGUCCCUCGGAGGACUUUGACAUCUCUGACGGGAGCGACGAAGCCGAUGUGGACGAGACGGCGAUGCGCAAGUUGAAAGAGAUUCAGCUAAGCAUUUCCGACAAGAACUUGAAUCUACAGCCAAGGGACGCACUUUUAAAGUUCCUAAAUGACAAAGGAUAUAUGGACUAUGUAACAUACGAUCCUGGAUAUGAUAGGGAAAACCUACUCCAUUCCAUGGCGCAGUCCGAGGCAAGCAGUGAGCUAGUCAAGUAUCUCAUAGAAGAGGCCCCUAACCUCAUGGACGGAGUAAACAUUUCUGGACUCCGUCCCCUUUCCAUCGCAAUUAAACGCAAAAAUAAUGAAUUCAUUACGGCCGUUCUGGAAAGUUAUUCUGCGAACCAAAAUGGUCUAGCAGACCUAUUGGACCAAGGUGGAGAUAAAGAGAACUGUAUUCAUGAGGCUAUCAUUAGUGGCUUAGACCCAGACCUGGUUACAAGAUUGAUACUGCAGGCACACUCGGAUACCCUGGAAGCUCCGAAUGGCGCUGGCAUGACACCUUUGCAUCUGGCUGUGGAUUACCGAAAAUGUAUAAAAGGGCAGUUUGAUGUCGUGCGUGCCCUUUUGGAGAGGAAUGAUGCUGGCCUGGAUAAAGUUGGCGGCAAACCUGACUUCAUGUCGGUUUAUCGAUAUCAUACACAACACAAGCCGAGAGUAUCGAAUAAACAAGAGCCAAAUGGUCGCUCCUUCGGCAAUAAGGAGAUUCUCCUUAUGAAUGACGGUUUGAACAACCCACUUGUUGGAAAGGGUAAAUAUCCUAAGAAUAUUGCAUUAAACGAAGAAGAAAGUGCGAAACGUAGGGAAUAUAAACAGGUGUCUAUUCCCAACAAAGCUGGGGAGACGAAUCCAUCUCUGCGAAUCAAACCGGAACCUACCUCUCAUUUGAGGAGAGUGUCAACUUCGUUGAUAUACAAAACCCCACAACAAUCGGCAGAUUUACAGCCCAUGGCAUUACUUAAUGUACAACCUCCUCUCCUCGAACACAUGAAAAGCGCCGAUGAAGGACGGAGAAUGGGAAACGCAGAUCUGACAGAUGCUCGACGUCCUGGGGGUGACCCAAAGAGAAAGCCACGAACAAAAAAAUAUUUGCAGCGUAACAAACAAGAAGCUAUCUUGGAUACGGAAACAGCGGCCAAGAUAGAUAAGGAGCUAAAACUCCAUUAUCUUAGAUCUAUAUUCGAACAAUAUAAUCAAGCUCAGACCACAGUUCACACGGACCAGCCUUCAAGGGCACGAAGAAAUCACGAUACUGCGGUCCAGUUUUUGUAUGGCGACAAUAAGAAAAAUAUGCAUAUAUGUUUCAGCUUUCUCCAAGGACCAUCGAAGAUGAGCGCAACGAAGUUUGAAUUAACCUACCAAGGAUUCAAUUUCGAUUCCGUGUUGCAAUACGUAGCUUUCCGUCAGGUCCAAUUCACGAAACCGCAGAAACCUCUCAGAAGAAAUGAUGCAGUUCAUAAACCCCCCGAAGCCAUUGCUGGCAAUGGCCGAAGAGAUAUGGAAGUGCCAUUCGAGUGGCUAUAUCAAGCUAAAGGAGUGCGCAAUAUUAUAAAAGUGAUAGUUGACGAUCUCGAAAGUCCUUCUCAUAGCGACGAGUCAAUAGAGACAGCUCUGAAACGAUUCGAUAUCGAGAUACUGGACUGGCGAAAGAUUGACCUGUGCCCUGAAACAAUAUGCAAUUCGUGCAAGAAUCUACGGGUAUUACAUCUUUGGUGGAGCGGGAAUAAUGCAAUGUUGCGAGCGUGGAGUGAACCAGAUGGACUGGUGAAGUUGCAACAACUGAAGGCAAUCCACCUUCACCAAACACAGGACUUAGAUUCCGAACUUUGGACACAAAAGAAAGUCGAGCAGUUUAGGGAGAGACUCAAGAAGGCUCGCGACGCCCAGAAUAAGGAUAGAGUUGGGAAAGAUAGGUUCCCGGAUAUUCAUGUUCCCCCUCCACUCAGGACAACUACUAUAAACGAAAGACAUCACGGCGACUUAACACCCGAAACCGACCCCAAAGUGCAACGCAAGACACACAAUUGGCUCCAUAUCAUGGAUACUUUUGCGGACGGUAUUGCGAAAUUUACUCCUCACCGCGAGGGUAGUUCCGCUGCCAAUUUACCCGAGAAACUAAGGAAUGAUGUCACCGUCGCUCUGAUUGAUGAUGGGGUCCAAUUUGGACAUGAGUCGCUUCAAGGAAAAAUCAUAGACGGCUGGAGCUUUGACGACGGAUACGAUGGAGCAGACUUGCCAGGAGCCAGAAAGCCGUUCCACGAGUCACAAACAGGACAUGGGACUCUGAUGGCCAAUAUGAUUUGCAGAGUCUGUCCGGCCGCAAAGAUAUUUGUUUGUAGGCUCAAAGUCGUCUCGGGGAAUGGCUCAAAGUCUCACUUCACAGCAGAAAGUGCAGCCGAGGCAGUUGAGUACUGUGCAACACGUGGGUUUGACAUCAUUUCGAUUUCGUGGACAGUGAUGAACACGAUAGAGGCGAGACAGGCAGCACAUGAUAAGAAUCCUGACGGCAAAAGUCCCACUGAGAGGAUUGAUGACGCUUUAAGCCGCGCCUAUCGUAACGGCGCUCUUAUAUUCUGCGCUGCCCCAGACGAAGGGUUAAUUACAAGCAUCGAAUUCCACAAGUACUACCCCGUGGGUUGCCCAGGCCUUUCAACCAAAAUAUUCAAGAUCGGUGCCGCCACGGCGAAUAACGUGGGGCAUAGCCAAACGGGAGAAGUGGGGCAAAUUGAUUUUAUCCUUCCUGGACACGAAGUAACCGAGAGAGAUGAAGGGAUAGAUGUUGAGAAGAAUAGCCCGAAAACAGGGUCAUCCAUUGCCACUGCAUUGGCGGCAGGGCUAGCGGCUCUGGUAAUCCACUGUGUGCGGCUAGCAGCAAUCGAAACAUAUCAAAAGAGGCAGUCCGGCGAAGAAGGGGAACGCAACACAACCACCAACAAGACAUUGGAUGCCAAUUCAAUAACGGAGGGAUCCCUUAAUGCCGUGAAAAAACCUGAAGCCAUGAAGAGGAUCUUUGAACACAUUCCUGGCGGUAGUCAGGACUCAUCUAAGUUCUUGGAGGUUAAUUCUACUUUCGGUGAUCUUGGCAAGUUUCUUUGCGAUACAGAGAAUUCGACUGAUUCGAAACUGGGCAAAAUUGCUUACCUUGCUCGAGACUUUGUCGGCUGGGCUAGAUGA